AUGCAGUGCGUCAUAAUCUUCGUGUUGGUCGGCGUUGCGACCGUGGCUAUUGCAGAUGGCCAGUUCUACGUACCACGUGCAUACUAUACAAUUGAUGCCGAAGGGCAUGCGUCUGCUCCGAUACCGUUGCGUAGAGUUCGUCGUUCUUUGAGCCCUUACCCUUACGGAUACAGUGGCGCUGAGGCAAACGCAAACGCUAACGUAAUCGCUAGCGGUUGGGGUGGUAACGCUCGCGCAAGUGCAAAUGCUAAUGCAGUCGCUGGUACAGGAGGCUGGACGCUACCGGCCGGCGCGGGAUACGGCGCCAUUAACCCUAACGCCCUCAGGUAA